AUGAAACCAUAUCGUGAUAUUCCAAGUAAUAUUACACAAACAACUGAUGGUAAUAUAGAACAAGAUGGAAAAGAACAAAACAGUUUAUAUUUGGAAAUUAUGAGACAACAACAAGAACUUGAUAAUAAAUUAUCUACUGGUCAAAUGAAAUUUAUAAUUGAAGAUCGUGUAUUUAAAGCUAUUCCUGGUUUACGUGUAGCUAUUACAGGGAUCGCAGCCAGGGGGUACGAAGAAGAAGGAUUUUGA